GUCAAAGAUAUAUAUUCGGUAACCGAAACUGCAGUAAAUACGCUGCCAUUUUUUGAAUCGAUGUAUUGGGGAAAGUAUAAUGCAAACAGGAUCUAUAGGCAAUUUUGUAUCGAGGAUGCGAACAUAGAGAAAUGUGCGAUAGAAAUCUAUGUUUUCGAAAAGCAUUUCAGCGACUGCAAGAACAAAAUGGAGAACGGAAAUAACAGUAUGUGCGGAAUUUCGGAGGAAACGCAAAAUCUAAAAAUGAUCGGCAAAGCUGCGUUUCCAACUUGCUGCGAUGAACAUAUUAUGCAGCAAAUGGUAAAAGCCGAUCAAGUUUUCAAAAUAUGUGAUUAUUUAAACGACAACGAGGGAGCGUCAAAUGUUGCGAAGAGAACUCGAAGAUUAUGUGCCACAACGCUGCAAAUUAUAAACGAAUGUUUAACGAAUCAGAAAAUUUUAGAAAGUUUUGUCAAGGGCUCCUUUCAAAACGCCUUGGAUCUGCACUUGGCGGUUUUGGAUAACACUUAUGACCGUACGACUGAAAAAUCGAUCGACAUAAGACCUUCUAGCCGUUCCGUCGACAUUCAGAAGAAUUUUCGAAGGAAGAAAUGGUACGACAUAUUCCUGACAUGCUUAGGACUUAAAGAGGAAUUUGAAGAAGAACUAUUUAUUCACAGGAACGUAAUUUCAACUGAGCUAAGCGAUAUUUCAAAAUAUUUGAGGAUAUAAUGGUCAAUAAAUGGUGAC